AUGUCAGAAGAGGACAAGGCGGUGUUUCCAGACACUACCAAUGAAGAUGUUCGUCUGGAGCACUUGGGAUAUGAGCAAGAACUCAAACGGUCUUUUGGCCUACUGAGUAUGAUUGGCUUCAGUUUCAGUGUCGUGACAUCAUGGACGGCUCUCAGUGGUGUGUUCAUCGUUGGGGUAACUUCUGGUGGCCCACCAGUGAUGGUGUUCAGUUUCAUCGGGGUUAGCAUCUUGACUCUUGCUGUGGCCAUGCCCAUGGCCGAGAUGUGCUCCAUGUACCCUGUGGCAGGAGGCCAAUACUCCUGGGUGGCUGCUCUCGCUCCUCCCAAAAUCGCCCGUGGUCUUUCGUAUAUCACUGGCUGGUUCCUGAUUAUUGGUAUCUUGGCAAUGGGCGCCACGAACAACUCCAUUGCAUCAAACUUCGUGCUGGGAAUGGCGAAUGUCGUGUAUCCAGAAUAUGAGAUACAGAGAUGGCAAACGGUCUUGGUCGCCUACCUCGUCGCGUUUCUCUCUACUGCCGUCAACCUUUGGGGCUCUCAUCUGCUACACAAGAUUUCCAAGUUUAUUCUGAUUUGGAAUGUCGGAUCUUUCGUCAUUGUCACCAUCACACUUCUUGCCACCAAUGAUCACCUGCAGCCCGCUUCAUUCGUAUUCCAGGAAUUUGAAAACACCACAGGAUGGGGCACAGGGAUGGCUGCGAUCAUUGGUAUCUUGCAGUCAUGUUUCGGAAUGUGCUGCUACGAUGCCCCUUCGCACAUGACCGAGGAAAUGAAGUCAGCUUCCAAAGAGGCACCAAAGGCUAUCGUCAUGGCCGUGGUUCUGGGUGCUGUGACUGGAUUUGCGUUUCUUCUUACCUUGUGCUUCUGCAUCGGCGACAUCACCCAGACUGCCGAAAGUAGCACCGGUGUUCCGGUCAUUCAAAUUAUCUAUGACUCUACCGGUAACAAGGCCGCCACAUGUAUAUUGUCCAGCAUGAUCGCAGUGAUUGUCAUCGUAGCCGGUAACAACAUUCUGGCUGAAAGUUCCCGAACCAUUUACGCCUUUGCGCGUGAUAAUGGCCUUCCUUUUUCGAAGACUUUCAGCAAGGUCAACAGCAAGACCCAGGUGCCAGUGAAUGCCGUUCUCCUGACGCUCGCCGUACAGUUGGCACUGGACGCCAUUGAGUUCGGUACAACAACUGGCUUCGAGACCGUCAUUUCAAUUUCUACCGAAGGCUUUUACCUCUCCUAUGCUAUGGCCCUGGGUGCACGCCUCAUUGGCUACUUUACGGGCCACAUCACCAAGCUCACUGGUCCCUACGCCUUUUCUACUCCCGUGUCGAUCGGGCUGAACAUCGUGGGACUAACCUUCUUGCUCUUUGCGUCCAUCACAUUCAACUUCCCGAGUGCAGCCCCCGUCAACCAGGAGUCGAUGAAUUAUACCAGUGCUGCUAUUGGGGUGAUUGCGCUGAUCAGCUUAAUCACAUGGAUUACAACUGGUCGUAAGCAAUUUACCGGUCCUGGCGCCGUGAUCUUUUCAAGCGGCUUGAACAAUGCCCAAAAUACUUCCCAGCCGGCCGAGGCCGAUGUCGACGAGAAGAAGACCUAA